UUGUCUGUUCGUCGGUCUUGGUCUCAUGGCGGCACGUCCCGAGAUUGGAACAGAAACAUGGUAUUAUUCUCGGGAACAAAUCGAAAAUUCUCCAUCCCGCAAGUAUGGAGUGGACCAGGACAAAGAAUUGUCCUACCGACAACAAGCUGCCAACCUUAUACAGGACAUGGGACAACGUCUUACUGUUAACCAACUUUGUAUCAACACUGGAAUUGUAUAUAUGCACAGAUUCUACAUGGUCCACUCAUUCACCAAGUUUCACCGUAAUGUAAUCGCCCCGGCCUGUUUAUUUUUAGGUGCAAAAGUAGAAGAGCAACCCCGUAAAUUAGAGCAUGUAGUUAGAGUAGCGUACGCUUGUCUUCAUCGAGACACUCAGCAGCAGUUGGAUCCGAAGACUGAGCUAUAUUCCCAGUUAGCACAAGAACUUGUGAUAAAUGAGAGCAUUAUAUUGCAAACAUUAGGUUUUGAACUUGCUGUUGAUCAUCCUCACACUCAUGUUGUAAAGUGUACUCAGUUGAUCAGAGCUAGCAAGGAUCUAUCCCAGACCUCGUACUUCAUGGCGACCAACAGCCUUCACCUGACGUCAUUUUGUCUUCGUUACAAGCCAACUGCUGUUGCCUGUGCUUGCAUACACUUGUCUGCAAAAUGGUCCAAAAUGCAGAUACCCAAGUCAAGUGAUGGCAAGAACUUCUGGGAGUAUGUUGACAGGAAUAUGACCUUACAGCUUCUGGAUGAUAUAACAAGGGAAUUCAUACAAAUCAUAGAGAAAUGUCCAAGUAGAUUAAAACGGAAGCUAACACUUAAGGCACAAGCUGAGACUGAUACAAAACAUAAAGUGAAUGAAAAUGCAUCAACAAGUAGUAGUAGCAGUAGUAUGUCAGUACUGGAAGAGAGCCCUAUCAAAACUGAGAGUGUUCCGUCACAGAAUACAAGAGAUCAAACUGAUGGAGAUAAAACUACUGCUCCAGUAGGGUCUUCAAAACAAAGCUUAAAACUAAAUGAAUAUAAAAUGAUGAAGGAAAAGGAAACAAAAAGAGAAAAAGAGAAAGCAAGACAAAGAGAGUCACAGAAAAUUGAUGACCAAUCCUCAAAAUAUACAAAUCAUAACCGGUUACUAGAAAAGCCGAAAGAUGUCAGUGGUCGGCAGAUUAGUGAUCAUCCUAUUAAGCACUCUGACAGUAAGUCAUUUGAUGGUCAUGGGAAACCAAGGGAGGGUCAUGGUAGUGUUGGGAGAGUUCCUGAGCAUGUUAAACAUGGUGAUCACAAGUGGUCUAAUCUGUCUACCGAAUCUGCCGAUAAAUUAUCUGAUACAAGUCCACAAGUGGCGCAUAGAUCACAAGGACAUGGGGAUGCACACCGAACACAUGACAGAUCACGUGCACACCAUGUUAACAAACAACAAGGACAUCCCUCUACUCAUAGUGACAGAACUCUUCAAAGUAGUGCAAAACCAAGCAGUAAAGAUGUCAGAGCACAAGAUCAUAAAAAGGACAUCAGACAUCGUCAUUAUCAUCCAGACAAGAGACCAAUUAGUGAUCACAAAGUCUCAAGGCCAGUAGAAGAGCCUAGAUUACAUACCUCUGAACAGAGGCACAGAACUGAACAAAGGCAACAAGAGGGAUCUGGGAAGAUUUUUUUGCAAAAGUUGCAAAAUGUACAAGAUAGCGUAGCUGACAUUAAAAUGUUAGGAAGUGAACAGAAGGAGGCAGUGUCAAUGAAAGAGAAAACAAAGCAAGAUUAUAUACUUAUGAAACCAGAUAGUUUAGUUGAAAUGGACAUUCUCGGAGCUCUACAAGAAGAGUGUGCUAAUGUUGAUAAACCAAGUCCUGCAAGGACAACACAAUUAGAUUUUAAAUCUGCCUUAUCAAAAGAAAUGAAAGAUCGGUUUAAGCGUGAGGUAAACACAGAAAGAGUGCCUGACCAUCAGUCUCUUCUUCAGGAGUCAAUGCAAGGCAUCAGCAAAAAAGAACCAAUAUCUCAACAAAAUAUUGCUAAAGACAAAAAGAGAAAAUCUGGAGAGCAAUAUCAAGAGUCCAGGAUAUCAAAGGUCAAGCCAGAACAAUCUCGGGUGAAACCUGAAUCCCCUAGAUUGAGGAAAGAAUUUACUAAAAUACAGCAAGAUUCUGUGAAAUCAAAAUCGGAACAUCCAGCGAGCCCGGUCAAAGUUCGGAGAGAUGUUCAUCAGAGUCCUGUCAAAGUGAAGAAACCUUUUCCUUCAAAAACGGCCAUCCAAGAAACCAGCACUUUGGAUGUUUCUAGCAUUGGCAUUGGAAAUUUUUCAACAAAUCAAGAGCAUAUAAAUAGGGACCAGCACAAAGAAAAACACAAAAAUUCAGAUUUGUUAAGCCCAUCAAAGGUUAAGCGUGCUCAGACAAGUAGGACAAGUCCAGCAGUGAAAAAAGAAACACCAAUUAAACUGGAUUUCCAUAGACCUGUUUUCCAGAAAGUGAAGAGCGAACCAACAAUAACACCAGUUGCACCUCCAAAGAAGCGCAUUAAGAAUAUGAUGCAGUCCCAAUCUCAGCCAUCUGAUUUUGAUGUCCAAAGUAUUUCUGUGCCCAAGGCAGGACCAGAGCAAAUUCCACAACCAAUACUGCAACCAAUACCACAACCACCACUGCGACAAAUACCACAACCAGGACCGCAACCUGUACCACAGCUAGCACAGCAAGCUGUACUGCAACAAACACCACAACCAAUACCACAACCAGCAUUGCAACCAAUAUCACAACCAGCAUUGCAACAAAUUUCACAACUAACAAAGCAACAUACACAACAACCUGUACAGCAGCAUGUACUACCAGCACAGCAACAAAUACCACCAUUUUCAAAUCCUGUGUUAGAGCCUUGGUCAGAUAUGAUGCAUCCGACAGAGAUUCUAGAUGCAUCAGAUUUCAUGAAUGACAUGAAUCAUGACAUGUCACAUCUAGAGGAGUUCUCCUUAGGUACUGGUUUGCUUCCUGGAAAUUUGUUUGAUGAUUUUCAAGAAACUGAUACCUCUAAUUCCGUUCAAAUGAAUGCAUCUUCUAAUAAUAUACUGGAAAAGCAGGAGUUGAUACCACCAGUUGAGUCUGUGCCCUCAGUAAAGAAGAAAUUGGUACAGAAGGUGCCCUUGGAGGUGAAGCAAGUUGACGUGUCUAAAGUAAUCGCUGAAGAAGUCCAUCCUGCUGAAGUACUGGAUAAAGUUGACAAACAAAGGUAUCCUUCCCGAAAGUCAAAAGUUGAAAAACAUGCCUUAGUUCCAGCAACAAAUGAACUUGAGUUUGAACCCCAUCCUGCCGAGUUGUUUUUAAAUAAAAGUGUUCCUGCACACGUUUCGCCAGCAGUGGAGGAACCUGCAGAAGAAGGUGAACUAACAGAAGAUGAGCAGUCAGUUGUACAUCCAACGGAAAUUGAAAAUCCUGUUCUAUUGCGUGUUAAAAAUGAAGAACCUGUAAUUCUGAAAGAACGUUCCAGUGAUAGAGAUCAAGAUCGGAGGUCUUCAGAUCACAGACAAUCUGAUCAAAAGCACCGUUCGAGUCAUAAACACUCUAGUCAAAAGAAAAAGAAAGAUAAAGAUAGGGAUCGCCACAGAAGUAAAGACAGACGAUCAUCUAGUCACAAUAGAGAAGUUAAAGAGCACAGCUCAGAAAGCAGGGAAGUUAGACAUCAAAAUGCAAAUGGCAAUGGAGCAGGACCAUCUGUGCAAGAUGAUCAGCCAACCAGUGUUCUGACCACAUCAGGUGGAAUUAAACUGAAGAUCAAACUUGGCAACUCUUUUUCUGAGAAACAAGCAUCACCAUCUGCUGGUAGCUCACCACUUAGUAUGAAAAUUGACCUCAAGAAGAUUCAGUCAUCAAAGCGUGACUAUGACAGCAAGCAUGAUAAGGAAAAGAGAAAGGAUAAGAGUAUGCGACACCAUAAGCACAAGUCGCACAAGAGGUCUCAUAGUCCAAUGGAGAGCUCUACCAUUGAUACACCAUCUUCACCAGCCAAGCGUCGCGCAAUCAAUAGCACUCACAAUUCGUUGCUAAGCUUACCAAUGCCUCCAGCUGAUCCAAAAAAGAAAAGCAAGCAUUCCUUGAAUAACAGCAAUGGAGAUUCACCAGCAAGUAAUGUGUACAAUUUUAAUUGAUGUUACGGAAUUGUUGAUCAGUAGUUCUUGCGCAGUGAGUACACAACCAUUCCAAAAUGCUCCUGUCUAGAGCAUUGCAAUUGUAACAGUAACCUUUGCUACUACUGUUGUCAUGGCUUUAUGGAAAGAAUUGCACUCCCCUGUGUUUCGUGUUUUAUGUACAGACCUGUGCACGCUAUCUAUGAAGAAAAAUUGUCUUAAGUGAGAAAGAAAUUAAAGAGAAAAUAGGAAUUUGAUUUCUCUUAUAAAUUGUAAAAAAGGAAUGUUUUUUCCUAGUGUAUUCAAUUUCAUUAUAAAGAAAUGAAUUUGUAUAGUUUCUUUAACUAUGUAUCAAGUUACUCUGAUAUUUUUUCGGUGAUGUGUUAAUGAAAGUAAUUUUAACUAUGAAUUAUGUAUUUUUUGGCUAUGUAUAUUUAAGGUGGGUAAAAGAAUACCCAGAAAAAGAAUUAUAGUAAAAAAAAAAAAAAAUGGAAGCACAGUGCAAGGUUAUUCCUUCAGUAGACAUGAUUAGUAGUAUAUUGGUUGAAAUGUUAAAUUUUCUUGUCCUCUUAUCUGUUAUUAAGCCUCCCACACACCAUGUGUGUCCGGCGUAGCAGUGCUUACAAGAGCGACAAAGGCUAUGUACAGUAUCUGUCCAUAAGAAUUAAGUGCAACUUUCUGCAUGACUUUAAUUAGAGGUUGUAGUAGAUGGUGAUAAAUAUCAAAAACAUACAUUGGGUUGAUUGAAAUGUGUAAAAACAGAUGAAUGAAUUUAUAUAAAAAGAAAUAUUAUUGCAAUUGCAUCCAUUUUUUAGGCCAAAGGUCAUUAAUGUGUGCGUCAUUAUUAUUCUCAGGUUUGAGGUUGUGAUAUUCUAAACUUUCACCACUUGCAAAACUAUUUUAAAAAAAGAUUGUCAUCACACUAUAUGAUGAUUCACUGCCUUCAUUGAAGAUGGGAAAUUUGAGAUACUUUACCGUUGAAUUUAAGUUGUUGACGAUUUUCUUAACAUCUGAUUUUAAUUCGUCAAUCAGUUUAGUUCUGUGUUAGAUUUUAUGAGGGGGUAGACUUCGGUCUAUUAUUGAAUAAUUUGUAGUAACUUCGUAAACCCAUUAAUUUUUACAAUCUUAAAAUUUCAUGAUUUCAUCAGGUUUUUCCAGACAAAUCUCCGUAAUCGGGUGGGAACCAAGACAAAUUAACGUGAUUUGAUAGAAACAUACAAAUAUGUUGUCAUGCAUUUUGUGUACACUGUAUACAAAAACUCAGUGCAAAUAUAUACUUUGUAAUUGGUUAGUAUGUAUUCUGAUCCUUGCAGCUAGAUAGUAGAGCCCACCUACAGUGGUUGUAGAUACGUUAGUGAGCUAGUCACCCCAAAAUUGACCCAAUACAUUCAAAAUUUCAAUAGGAGAAUGAAUGAAAAAUGCAAGAUUGUAAAAAUUAGAAGGUUUACAGUACAGUAGAUAGAGCAGUGGUAUUUUCGAUGUUGGAUGUAAUUACUCCAUAGUCACUGACAAACAUUACCUGUAUUUCUUUCUCUAUUAUACAUGUUUUGUUACUAAUUAAUAAGUUAGAUAUGUUGUUAACAUCUUAUUGCAAUGUUCUAAUGAGAAUUUCUUGUGUUGGUUAUUUUUCUAAUUAUUUAAAGAUAGAUGUAUUUUCAAUUGUGGAGGACUUGGACAGGGAUGGGUACUGUAUAUUCCACAUUUUCUUCUAAACCACGGAAAUGACUUGUUUUGGGGAUGUCCUCCAUCAUAAUCACAACAUAAUAAGCAAGUGGUUAAUUGCUAUUUAGGAUUUUUCCAUAGUUGUGACAGUGGAUAUAAUAAACUUUCAUAUGGUGAAAUUUAACAAUAAUGUGACUUGUAAGAAAUUAACCUAUGGAGAAACGUUCCUUUUUUUAUGGAUUAUUUAAUCACAGAGAAGUCGCUGCCCAGAAUGCGGGAUAGCGUUGUAACAAUAAAAGUUGAUAUAUUGAGAAUUUGUA